AUGCUUCCUUUCCAACAAAGCGAUGAGCUGGUGUUUCAGAUCCCUUCUAAUCCUGACCAAAUCCAACAAAAUCUCAGCACGAUCGGUCAUGAUUCAGUGGGAAGCAGUGAUCUUAACAACUCCAACAUGGAAGAAAGUCUGCGAACCGAUGAGAAUACUAAUGAUCAUGUCAAGAAGAAAAGAAUUAUGCAUAGAGAUAUUGAAAGGAAAAGAAGGGAGGAAAUGAAUAGCCUUUAUGCGUCUCUUCGUUCACUUCUCCCUCUUGAAUACAUCAAGGUGGAAACUGGAAGGCGUUCUACCUCAGAUCACAUUCAUGAAACUCUGAACUAUAUAAAACACAUGGAGAGGAACAUCAAGGAAUUGGGUAUCAAGAGAGACAAGCUGAACAAGAUGUUUAAUACAAAUGAUGUUGAUAAUGGAAACGAAAGCUCCAAUAGUGGCUCUCCUGUGUGUGUCAAUUUGAGCCCAUGCAGUGGUGGCUUGGAGGUUUUAAUCAGCUGUGACUUCAAAGAGGAUGAUUUUCCCAUCUCAAGAGUGUUGGAAGUACUGCUUGAAGAAGGGUUUACUGUUUUUAGUUGUAUUUCCACAAAAGCAAACGAAAAGUUGCUUCACACAAUUCAUUCAGAGGUCAGUGAUUUGUCUUGUGUUGACCUUUCUGCACUGAAACAAAAACUGACUGUGGUUAGUAAUGUUGAGUGA